AUACAUUGUUUGGCCCAAUAAUACAAAAUGUGGUCAAAGUCAAAACCCUUAAAUCUGUCAAUUUUCCUUUGAGUCCAAGUUUCAUCGGUUGUUCAAUGUUGUGCCGAGAGAAGAAGAUGAUGUCGACGAAGAAACCCUCGCUAACUAAUCCAGCUCCGUCAUUGCUUUCACUCCCCGAUGAUUUACUAUUGAGCUGCUUCGCACGCAUCUCGAGAUUGUACUACCCAACUCUCUCCGGAGUAUCCAAGAGGUUUCGCUCAAUUCUUUCUUCAUCGGAGCUUUAUGAGACCCGAUCAUUCUUAGGACGCACCGAGAGUGUUCUUUAUGUUUGUUUUCAAUUCAAUCCUGGCCCUAAUACACGUUGGUUCACUCUCUGCGCCAAACCUGAUCAAACCCUUAGCAAGAAGAAGAAGAACAAGAAGAAGUCAAGUGGGUAUGUUUUGGCUGCACUCCCAAUCCUCAAUUCUCCUCCUGCGCACUCGACGACCUUCGCGGUCGUUGGUUCUGAUAUCUACAACAUUGGUGCAUCCACCUUCAAAGCGCCCUUGUCUAAAGUCUCGAUCUUGGACUGCCGGUCUCAUAGGUGGCUCGAGGGUCCAAGUAUGCAGGUGGAAAGGUAUUGGUCAGUGGCUAAUGUCCUUGAUGACAAGAUAUAUGUAGCAGGAGGCUCUGAUGACUACGAUGCCUCCAAUUGGAUGGAGGUUUUCGAUCCAAAAACACAAACUUGGGAGGCUAAGUUUAACACUCUGAGGGAGAGAUGUGCACGAUAUGUAUCGAAGAGUGCGGUGAUUGACGAUGAGAUCUAUAUGUAUAGGUUUUGUGGUGUGGCUUACAAACCAAAGGAAGAUAGAUGGAAAGCUUUAAAUAUGGGCGAUUUGGAUCGAGGAUGGGUAGAGAGUCCAUAUUACGUGAUAGAUAACAUACUAUAUUGUUAUCAUGCUAUCAAUGGAAUGAUGAAAUGGUACUACUCUAAAGAAAGAUAUUGGAUACCUUUGAAAGGUUUACAAGGACUGUCUAUGUGUACUGAUCAGUCGUCUGUUCAUUUGGCGAGUCAUGGUGGAAAGAUGGUGGUUGUUUGGAACAAUUAUAUGACUUACGGUUCCAGUGAAGACAAGAAGAUCUGGUGUGCUGUGAUUGCGCUUGAAAGACGCAACAGUGGAGAUAUUUGGGGGAAGGUCGAGUGGCAUGAUGUUGUGCUUACAGUACCUAUCUCUUAUGAAAUCGUGUCUGCUCUUUCUGCUACUCUUUGA